AUGGAGGAAACUACGUAUGGCGAGCGUUUAUACAGUCAAGCAUUGUUUCUCACCGAUUUGUAUUCCGGUUACUCUUUUGCACGUGCUCUCACAGAAAGCCCUGAUUUGGCCAUUAUUGUUCGCCACGUAAUGGAUAUCUUUGGAUCUUUUGGACCACCAGAGGCUUACAGAACAUUCACACUGGAAUAUUCUUCAGUGAUAGCAGAUGUCAUGUUAGAUAUUGAGCGAAUGUUCAAGAUUGCCAUCAAGAAUAUGGGGGUGGGAGAAUACGAGCAUUUCAUUUUGACAUCUAGGUAUGGUGUUAAUAUUUUUGUCACUCCAGGGUAA